UUGUGCACUGAAUGUAAUGAAUGCUUACCCUUGCAUAUCUGUACAGGGUGUGGAACCCACUAUGUACCUUGGUCAGAGGGAAUGCUUCUAAAGGUGGAAACUUUAGAACAUCUAUUUACAGUACUGUUUUAUUAUCAGGCAGACUGCAGACCACUGGACACAGUGCCUGUUGUGGAAUGCAAAUAUAGCUGCAGCUGGAAACCAAAACAGCUUUUCAGGCGCAGACAGGCCUCGCCCACCACAUCUCCGCAUCAACAGCCCUGUCAUCAGCUAGAGAGCUGCGGGGAGGCGUGAUUUCUGUCCUGUCACAGCAGAUCCUCUGCCCGGGCUGAUCAUCUCUCAUUGACCGUCAGUAUUCACUCAGUAAGGACUAGGCGGAUCGUUUUCUGCUCGCAGGCAGGGGGAGGGUCUCCUUUACUGACUGGUGUUUAGAGGAAAUUUGUCACCCACACAGGAAGCCAUUGGAAGAAUUACAAGACAGAGCAUACUCUUCUAUAUCACUACAAGGGUACAGAAAUGUCUAACAUCCUUCAAGAACUGCUGAGAGCGUCAGAGAAAGCUGCGUGCAUUGCCCGCGCAUGUCGACAGGAGGAAACACUGUUUCAGCUUUUGAUUGAAGAAAAAAAAGAAGGGGAAAAGAAUAAAAAGUUUCUCACAGAUUUCAAAACGCUUGCGGAUGUCUUGGUCCAGGAAGUUAUAAAACAUGACAUAGGAAGAAAGUUUCCAGGGUUAGAAAAAAACAUUGCAGGAGAAGAAUCAAAUGAAUUUACAAAUGAAUUAGGGGAAAAGAUUAUCGUCCGAGUGUGUGCAACCGAGAAAGAAACUGCUAAACUUUUACAGAGAGUGCUUGAUAACAAUGAAGCUGCGUCUAAAGCAUUGGCACAGGCUGUCCAUGAGGAGGUGCAACUGUCGGACCCGGCACUUGAUGCUGUACAUAUUAACAUUCCACACGACAACAUAGCCAUGUGGGUGGAUCCCAUAGACUCAACAUAUCAGUACAUUAAAGGGUCAUGCGAUAUUACCCCAAAUAAUGGGAUUUUCAUUAAAGGACUUCAAUGUGUGACAGUAUUAAUUGGAGCCUACCUAAUCGAUACUGGGCUUCCAAUAAUGGGUGUAAUUAAUCAACCUUUUGCUACAAGAGAUCCUAAAACACUCCGAUGGAAAGGUGAACAUUAUUGGGGAUUGUCCUACAUGGAUACAAAUAUCUGUUCACUACAGAUUUCUUCUAAAGUAAAUCAUCUUGACAACCCAAGCAGUGGACCUCCACCUUGUAUUGAAAAGAGAAACAACCUUUACUCAGCUGUCACAAGUUCAGCUGAAGCAAAGAAUAUACUUGGCACCCUCUCUUCAUUAUGUGAAGAAAACCUAUACUUUGCAGCAGGAGCCGGUUAUAAGUGUCUUUGUGUGGUCCAGGGCCUUGUGGAUUUCUAUGUGUUUUCUGAAGACACCACCUUCAAGUGGGACUGUUGUGCUCCUCAUGCUAUCCUGAGAUCUCUUGGAGGAGGCAUACUGGACCUUUCCAAGUGCCUGAAAAAUGCAAAGCAUAAAAGUGAAUUUUCCGAGAGGCCCCAUCUGUUAUACAAUAGGGAAGUGGAAGGAGCAACUGGAGCAGAUAGGUGGUCUAAUAAAGGUGGACUUAUAGCUUAUAGGUCAGAAAAACAUCUAGAAUCUUUUAUGGACCUUUUUAUAAAAAAUCUAGCUCUUCAAAAUGAGAAACACUAAAGACCUACAAGCCAAUUUAUAAUAUUCAUAGUUACAAUUUCAUAAAGUUGUAUACUCCUUGUAUUACAUAUAAACAAAAUGACUAUAUUAAUAUAUUCUUAGAAUAAUGGGGUGCUGGAUAUAGCUUCUUAAAAAUUGAAGCAGUGAGUUAAACUCAUAAUAUUCUCAGUGACCAGAUAUUAAAUCUUUACUAUUUUAUAAACUGUUUAAGCAACAAAAAAUGUCUUUAAAGUUAUAUUUAUUUCAACCAGUUAUCAGUUAUAUAGUUUACUAUAACAAAUAAAGUGGAUCUGACAGAAAGGAAAAUCCAAUGGUGUUAACAUUUAUUAAAACUCUUUGCAGAUC